AUGACCAAAGAACCCUACCUCGACGUCGACGACGUCAUCUCCCGCCUCACCAUUGAAGAAAAAGUCGCCCUCCUUUCGGGAAAGGACUUUUGGCAGACGCGCGACGUGCCGCGCCUCAACGUGCCAUCUCUGCGCUUCACUGAUGGGCCCAAUGGCGCUCGCGGCCAGCGAUUCUUCAACGGCACGCCUGCCGCCUGCUUUCCCUGCGGUACAGGUCUGGCUGCCACCUGGGAUGUCGGGUUGAUUGAGCAUGCGGGUGCGACUCUCGGGGAGGAGUGCAAAGCGAGGGGUGCGCACGUGUCGCUGGGUCCGACUAUCAACAUCCAGAGGAGUCCGCUGGGCGGAAGGGGAUUCGAGAGUUACAGCGAGGAUCCCGUCCUGUCUGGACUGAUGGCGUCCGCUAUGGUCAAGGGUGUGCAGAGCACAGGGGUUGCGGCGUGUCUGAAGCACUAUGUUUGCAAUGAUCAGGAACACGAGAGGCAACACAGGCAGGCAUACAAUGCCGUUAUAAGCGAACGAGCCCUCCGUGAAAUCUACUUGAUGCCAUUCCAGAUCGCCCAAAGAGACUCAAAUCCCCUCACAUACAUGACAAGCUACAACCGGGUCAACGGGUUGCACGUGAGUGAGAACCCGCGGUUGAUGCAAUAUAUUCUCAGAGAUGAGUGGAAGUUUGAUGGAUUAAUCAUGAGUGACUGGUUCGGUACAUACUCAGCUGCAGAGUCCACCAAGGCAGGCCUGGACAUUGAAAUGCCUGGCCCGCCUCGUGUCCGCGGCCCCAACAUCGUCGUAUCCCUCGGCAGCAGGAAGCUCACCGAGCACACGGUCGACCAGCGGGUCCGUAACCUCCUCAACCUCACAAAUCGUGUCGCCUGCCCUGAGCGACCGUUUGUCACAGAUUCGCCCGAGAAGACAGACACUUCCAUCCCAGCGGAAGAGCUCUCGUCGCGGAUGCACAAGAUCGCCUCGGACGGGCUCGUACUGCUCAAGAAUAACAACAACAUCCUGCCCCUGAGCAAAGAGAAAACCGUGGCUGUCAUUGGCCCCAACGCCAAUAUCGCCGCCUACGCAGGUGGUGGCUCGGCCAGCUUGCGUCCCACAUACACCACGACGCCCCUUGACGGGAUACUCAAACAUGUCCCAUCAGCCAAGUACACGCUCGGCGCAGCGGGCUACAAGCAGCUCCCCGCGCUCAGCCUGAUCAGCAAGACCCCUGACGGCACGGGUAGGAAGGGCGUGCUUUGCAAAUUUUACAACGAACCGGCAGGCCACGAGGAACGUAUCCUGCGUGACACGGUCCACACCGACCUCUCGGACAUGCUGCUGGUCGACUACUCGCACCCGGACGUGAGCCCCGAGCUCUUCUACAUGGACAUCGAGGGCGACAUCACACCCGAGCAGUCGGGCGAGUACAUGUUUGGGUGCUCGGUGCGCGGCACCGCCAAGGUCCUGGUGGACGGGCAGCUGGUGGUGGACAACGCCACGACGCAGGUGCUGGGCGGCACCUUCAUGGGCGCCGGGACGCGGGAGGAGCGCGGCAGCGUCACGCUCGAGGCCGGCCGCACGUACCGCGUCGUGCUGCAGUUCGGGUCGAGCCAGACGCAGCGCGUCAAGAAGAAGGGCGCCACGGCGAUGCGCGGCGGGGGUGUUCGCCUCGGCUGCGCCGCCGUCUUGGAUGCCGACGCCGAGAUCCGCCGUGCCGUCGACCUCGCCGCCAGCGUGGACCAGGUCGUCCUCGUGGUCGGGUUGACGGGCGAGUGGGAGUCGGAGGGCUUCGACCGUGACAAUAUGGACCUCCCUGGUUGGACCAACGAUCUGGUGCGGGCGGUCGUCGCGGCGAAUCCCAACACGGCAGUCGUGGUGCAGAGCGGGACUCCGGUGGAGAUGCCCUGGGUGGAUGAGGUCCCGGCGAUCAUGCAGUCCUGGUUCGGGGGUAACGAGGGCGGAAAUGCGAUUGCUUCUGUGUUGUUCGGGCACGUAAACCCGUCGGGGAAGCUGCCGUUGUCGUUUCCGAAGCGGUUGGAGGAUAAUCCGGCUUUCUUGAACUUUGGAUCCGAAAACGGACGGACGCUGUACGGCGAGGAUGUCUACGUCGGGUACCGGUUUUAUGAGAGGACCAAGAAGGAAGUGCUGUUCCCAUUCGGGCACGGGCUAUCCUACACGACCUUUGAGAUCAACAACUGCAACGUUGAUGUCAAAGUACCGGCUAAUGGGGAUGACAUUGUGCUGGUAUCAGCAGAUGUUGCCAACACUGGAACACGCGAUGGCCAAGCCGUGGUGCAGGUCUACAUCAGACAGCUGAAGCCCAGCAUCAAGCGGCCGCCCAAGGAGCUGAAGGGGUUCCAGAAGUUGGCAGUCAAGGCGGGAGCAAAGGCCUCUGUGGCUGUAACUAUCUUGGAGAAGUAUGCAACCAGCUAUUGGGAUGAGGAGCGGGAUCAAUGGAUCUCAGAGGCUGGUGAGUAUGACGUCCUGGUCGGGCAGAGCUCUGCGGACGUGACCGUGGCUGGCCACUUUAGCAUUGCCAAGACAACCUGGUGGAAAGGACUUUGA